AUGUGCGAGGCCGUCAUGUCCGGCUUCAACGCCUGCUUGUUCGCGUACGGCCAAACCGGCAGCGGCAAGAGCUACAGCAUGAUCGGCUCCACAGAUGCGCUCUCUGGCGUCACAGGUGCCAGUCCUUCGAGCACCGGCAACCCCAGCCACAGCCCCUCACCAGCGCAGCGUGACUGCCUCACGGUGGAGAUGCCUGCGGAGCAUGGCAUCAUGCCACGUCUUUGCUCCGACCUGUUUCGUCUGAUGCGCGAGGAGCGCGAAAAGGAAGAGGGUGUCACCCACUCCGUGGAGCUGAGCUUCUUGGAGAUUUACUGCGAGAAGGUGCACGACCUCAUCGCCGCCGCCUCAUCGAUCACGGCGGCCAACAGCAACAGCUCCUACGUUGGUACAUCCGCAUCGCUGCGCAUUCGGCAGCACCCCUCCCGAGGGCCGUACGUGGAAGGACUCUCCCAUGUCAAGGUGCGCGACGCGGGCGGCGUGAUCAAGCACCUCCUUAGCGGGCUGCGCGCGCGCGCGACCGCCGAGACGAACAUGAACGAGCACAGCAGCCGUAGCCACGCCAUCUUGCAGCUUCACAUUACGAAAGUUCUGGCCGACACCGACGAGAGCACCGGCAGCGUCAUCACGCGCACACGAACGUGCAAGGUAAACAUGGUCGAUCUGGCUGGCAGCGAGCGCGUUUCACAGUCUGGCGUGUCGGGCGACCGCCUAGAAGAAGCCAAGAACAUCAACCUAUCCCUCUCCACCCUCGGCCGCGUUAUCCAGCAGCUGUCGGAGAAGCAAGCCGGCAAGAACGUCAUCCCUGCCUACCGCGACAGUAUGCUAACUUGGCUGCUCUCCGACAGCCUCGGUGGCAACAGUAAGACCAUCAUGCUCGCCACCGUCGCCCCGAGUGCGUAUUGCUACCAGCAGACCUUGAACACGCUGCGGUUCGCCGGCGUGGCUAAGAAGAUCGUGAACGUGGCGACGGUGAACGAGGACCGGCACUUCCAGGAGCUGAUCGCGGAACUGCGGCGGCAGAUUGUGCGGCUCACUUUGCAGCUCGAGAGCGGCAAGGCUGCGGAGGUGCACUUGGAGAAAAUCGAUGCGUUGAAGCGCGAGCGCGAAGCGCUGCUGGCGGAGAACGACGCGCUGAAGAUGAAGGUAGUCUCUGCCACCGACACGGCCGUGCUGCAGGCGCUGCGGAAGCGUGUGAAGGACCUCGAGGCGGAAAACGCGCAGCUAGGUAAGGAGCUGCAAGGGCUGCAGGGGCGCAUGCUGACGAGCACCAGUGCCUUGCGCGACGAGCUGGCGAAGCAGCGCGCAGAGGUCAUGCAGCUGUACGAAAAGCUGACGAAGCGGGAGGCGGAGGUGACGAGCUGGGCCAACCGCUACCGGGCUCUUGUCAUCUCCACCACAACACCGAGCACGGCAGCGGCGAGCGCCGCGGGUGGCAGUGGCGCUGGCGGCGCCAAGGCAGUCGCGGCCACGGCCGGCUCGAAAGAGGCGCUGCGCGCCCAGCAGCAGCUGCAGGAAGAGCUCAAGGAGACGAAGGCCCAGCUGCAGAAGGCAAUGCAAGACCUCUCCGCUGCCGAGCGCGCGAAGCAGGAGGCGAUUGACGCGACGAAGAUGACGGCGACGCACCUGGAUGAGUACCGGGUGCGCUACGAGGAGAACAAGCGGCAGCUAGAGCUGCUGCACGAGCGCAUGCAAAGCACGAUGAGCUUGCUGGAGACUACGCAGUGCGAGCUCAGCGCUGUCAAAUCGCACAGCACGACCGAGUCCGCCAAGACGCGCGCCGUCGAGGACGCGCUAGAGGCGACCAACACGGCCAACGUCACGGCCGCAGAGCAGCUAGAGCAGAUGCGAAACGGUUACCUAGAGGAGAAGCAACGCAACGUACAGCUGCUGCUGCGGGUGGCGCAGGUAGAACAGGAGCGGUCGGCGCUUAAGCGGGCCGUCACCCAGCGAACAGCGGAGAUGUGCGAGCUGGAGCAGCUCUUACUGGAAGAGACAGAGACUUCGGAGCGCUACUACAUGCGCAUGCGCUUUCACCGAUCCGAGCACGAGCUGCAGCAUCAGUGCAUGGUGCAGCUACUGCAGCUGCGUGGCAUGGCCGACCACCACCGCAGUGCAGACGGACUGCUCUGGUCGGCCGCAAGCACCAUGGGGGCCUUUCCUAGCCCUCACCCUACCUUACGCCCAGGCGAGGGCAAAGGUGGCCGGGGCACACCAGAGGUGCCGUCAAAACCGCUCUACCGUGAUCCUAACUCCGCAAACGCCCCUUCAACGUCGGCCGCACAUGAAGCCGCCACCAGCGAACAGCUGCUGCACAUGCAGCUCGAGUACGAGUGCCAGCUCGAGGAGCUGCAAGCACGCGCCGCGAUGGAGCAAGAGUGUGCCGCGGAACUUGCGAUACUUAUCGCACAAAAGGCGCGCCUAGGCCAAAUCGCUGCAGCUGAACUCUCUGAGAAGCUCGUCGACGCCGAGGACGCAAAGAAGGUGCUGCGUGAGGAGCUGCACUACUACAAGCAGAAGGUGGAGACGCGGGAGAAGGAGUACGCGGAGGAGGUGGCGCAGCACCAGAGCGACAACAAGGCGAUGCAGAACGCGGAGAUGGAGCGGAUGCGAUGGGAGCGGAAGGUCGGCGCACUCGAAGAGGCGAACGCCGAGCUCGAGGCGGGCCGCAAUUUGCUCAUCGCCAAGGUGGCGCAGUUGCAGGAUCAGCAGAGCAUGUGGCAGACGCGGUGCGCCGAGGCAGAGCGCAUCUCUGCGGAGGUGCAAGAUCUGCUCUUCCCCGGCUCGUACGGCACCUCCUCGAGCAGUCCUGCGAACAGGGCAGGCGAAGGUGACGGCGAUAGUGAGGAUCAGCUGCCGAAGCGACGCAGCUACUCAGCACUGCAGCUGGAGGCGUCAAUCCUGGCGAACAAGGUGCGAGAAGCUGAGAGCGCGAUGGACGCAAGGGCGGCGCUGGAGAGGCAGUGCGAGGAGUACCGCGGCGAGCUUGGUGCACUGCGGGCGCAAGUGGACCAAAUGAAGUCGCAAACGCAGGCGGCCCAGCAGCAGCGGGCUCGCAGCGAUCAGGCUCAGCAGCACGUCCAGACACACUUCGGCGAAGUGAAUGCGCAGCUGGUGCAAGAGAUCAGCAUCAUCACCCGCGACUACGAAUCACGUAUCAAGCAGCAGCAAGCAAUGAUGAAAACGCUGCGGCACGCCUUGGAUGAGGAGACGUUCACGGCAGACAUGUGCCGGCAGUCGGCGCAGCGAGCGGAGGCGGCGCGGCAGGCGCAAGAGGAGGAGCUCCUCGCCACCCGAGAGGCGGCCGAGGAGCUGCGCUGUGAGCGAGAGACCACGACGAAAAUGUAUCUUACGAUGCAGGCAGAGCUGAACGAGCUACGCACGCACUACCAUGCUCUUGAGCGACAACUCAUGGAGCUGCGCGAGCGGGAACCAGCGCUCUACGUGUUGUUGGAGAAAGGCCUUGACGAAGACACAACAAGCUGGCUGGAAAAGGUACGAGGCGAGAAGCUGCGACUGCAGAAGCAGCGGCACGAGGCGCAGCGGCUGAACUCUAAGCUGCUCGAGCAAGUGCAGGAUAGCAACACGCGGCUGCGCGAUGUGCAGAAACAACUCACUGACGCCUCCAUCGGUGGCGACAAGCUUGCGGAGGACGAAGAGGUCUCUGGGAAUUAG